AUGCGUUGUUUUACUGUGUUUUUAGUUUUAUUUUUUGUGUUUUUGCCUACUCCAACAAAGGCGAUUAGAUGGCUAGCGUUGCACGAGAGCGAAGGCAACUGGACAGAGAGUGACUGCGGGGACGCCAGGCGUGGCGGGUCGCUAUGGGGCGAGCAGGCCAGGGUCUGUCGGCGGCAGCCCAGCGCCAUGCCGCACGUGGCAGUGGCGGCGCGCUUGGCCCGCUCCGCCUGCCUGGCCGCUCAUGAAGGAGAACGGUGGAAUUGCUCCUCCAUUGAACUGGCGCCUAAAUAUACACCCGAUUUGCUUACAGGCACUCGGGAGCAGGCGUACGUGUACGCGAUUUCAGCGGCGGCUCUUGCUUGGUCGGUGGCAAGAGCGUGCGCCGCGGGCUCGCUGCCUGCCUGUUCUUGUGCAGCCCCUCCUAGAGCUCCACCACGCCCGCCGAGGCAAGCUCAAAUCACACCAGCUGAACCACAUACUAGAUUCAAGUGGGGUGGCUGCAGUGAUAACUACCAGUGGGCAGAAAGGUUUGCAAAACAGUUCCUCGACGCUCACGAGAUCGACGUUCGAGAUGGUAGGAUCGAAGACGCUAUAGAGGUUGAUACAACGACUACCGAGGAGACUACGACGAUUUCUCUGGAGCCGACGACCUUGCCCCCCGUGGUGAUACUAGUGGACGAUCAACCUGAACCGCCGAACACCACAAUGCCUCCGAAGACGGGGAAGAAAGGCCGCCGCGGCCGCAAAAGACUGCCUCGAUCGCCGCGCCGCGGGAGACCCACCAGGAAACGAUUCAGAGAUAGAUACGAAUACGAAGAACGCGGUUCCCGCUACCGCAAUAUAGAGUACCGCAUGGCGGCCGACGACCCUCGCUUCGACCCUCAAGUGGACCUGCGCACGCGUCUCGAGCGUCUGCGACCUCUCAUCGCUUCCGCUAAUCUGCUCAACUAUCGAUUUGGUAGAAAGGCGAUAUCAAACGGCAUGCGAACCAAAUGCACAUGCCACGGAGUGUCUGGAUCAUGCUCGGUGCGUACGUGCUGGCGCGCGCUGCCGCCGCUGGCGCGAGUGGCGGCCGCGCUCGCGGCGGAGACCGCACGCGCCGGUCCGCUCAAACCCCGCCGGAGGCAAGCACGGCGCGCCAAACCGAGGCUGCGCUAUGUCACGCCCAGCCCGGAUUAUUGCGAGCCUGACCCCGCCGCUGGAUCGUUGGGAACCCAUGGAAGACAAUGCAACGCCAGCCUGGGAUCUGCCGCGGGCGGUUGCGGUCGCCUGUGCUGCGGGCGCGGACGGCGCGCCGUGCGCUCGUCGCGGCUGGAGCGCUGCCACUGCCGCUACCACUGGUGCUGCCGCGUCGACUGCCAGCUUUGCAGGCUCACCACAGAGGAACACUACUGCAACUAACACCUACUUACUCGAGAUAUGCAGCUUCUUACAGUGUCAGUCCUCGACGAAGAUUCGCAACCAUUAUGGCUAUCUUUAAUUUUGCGACUGCUACUCAAAAGUGCGCCUGGGUACUGCAUUUACAGAUUCUUCAGCCACGAGGUUUUUUCAAAUUCUGUGUACGUAUACCCUGGAUAUAUGUAUAAACACAGGAUAGCCAAGGAGCACUACUUAUUCGACAUGCAGCAAACAUUGGAAUAAAUACCUACGACCGUUGUACGAUACCCAGAGAUCACAUUGAAAUCAAAGAUUGAAUCAGCUGCAACAAGACCAAUAUCCUUGCAACUUCAGCAAGUAAGAAAUUAAGACACUCAGACACUCAUUUUACACAUACAUAAUUUCAUUGAUGUGAACUGUCUUUACAAAUUGGAAUUCAUAGAAAGUUUAAUUUUAACUUUGCGAAGAUUGCGAAAAUAUGGAUAUUUAACUUUUUAGUUUGUGAGAAACAUGCUAGGAAUGUGUAAAUAUUUCACAGAUCUGAGUUCGCUACCUUAAUACUCAUUAUUCUACACGCAUAUUUAUUUAUAUAUUCUAGUGUCAACAAGUAAAAGUUUAUUUUGCGCACUUUCCUUGCCAAAGAUAAUAUACAACUAUGCUCUGUGGUUACAAAUAGACACGUCAACUAGUCAUUUAAAAUUUACUCAAUAUGAUGUAAAAAUUUAUUAUCGCUCGUAGUUCUAGUAUAAUUAGGGAGUAAGCUUGAUAGCGGAUGACAUACUCGUAUUAAUGAAGUAGCUUUAUAUCGCUGUACUUAGAAUAGUGUUUGGACUAUUUAUUUAGAUAUUUAUAGUUUAGCAUUUGUCUGACAAUAAUGUGUUUUAAAUAAGAAUACUCUGAAAAUGUGACGCUACAUACGGAGCUUUUUUUGCACUAAAUAUUCUGUAUAUAUGUAUGUUUAGAAGAAACCAGCCUUUAGAACUUUCUUGUAAUUAAAUAAAGUAAUUCAUGUUUUUCAUCGUCAAAUAAUGUAGGAUCUAGU